UUCAGGCACCACGAUAGGCAGCAAAAGCCGUCUUGUGGGGUCCUUUUGGUCGUGGCUAAGCUAACCAGAAAACAUGCCGACUGUCGGUGUAAGAAGGGAUCUUCUUUUUAAAGCGUUGGGAAGAACCUAUACUGAUGACGAAUUUGACGAACUGUGUUUUGAAUUUGGAUUGGAGCUGGAUGAAAUUACCUCAGAAAAGGAGAUAAUUUGCCGUGAACAAGGUGAUGUCAAGGCAGCGGGAGCAUCUGAUGUUGUCCUUUACAAGAUUGAUGUACCAGCAAACCGCUAUGACCUUCUGUGUUUGGAAGGUUUGGUCCGUGGGCUGCAGGUCUUCAAGAAUAAGAUGGAGGCACCUCGGUAUAGACGUGUUAGCCCGAUCAAUGGUGAGCCUCAGAAGCUCAUUAUUACCAAGGAGACAGCAGCAGUGCGUCCCUAUGCUGUGGCAGCAGUUUUAAGGAACAUCACAUUCACACAGGAGCGCUACGAUAGCUUCAUUGAGCUGCAGGAAAAACUCCAUCAGAACAUCUGCAGAAAGAGGAGCCUUGUGGCGAUUGGGACUCAUGACCUCAACACCAUCUCAGGUCCUUUCACGUAUACCGCUAAACCACCCGGAGACAUCCACUUCAAGCCCCUCAACCAGAGCAAAGAAUACACUGCUACCCAACUCAUGAGCCUCUACAAGACCGACAGCCACCUGAGGCAUUACCUUCAUAUUAUUGAAGACAAGCCUGCCUACCCCAUCAUUUAUGACAGCAAUGGUAUUGUCUUGUCGAUGCCUCCCAUCAUCAACGGGGAUCACUCAAAAAUUACACUGAAGACAAAUAAUGUUUUUGUUGAGUGCACAGCCACAGACCUGACGAAGGCGAAGAUUGUGUUGGACAUGAUUGUGACUAUGUUCAGCGAGUAUUGCUCACAGCCUUUCACUGUCGAAGAGGUUGAAGUGGUGAAUGCUGAUGGCACAACCUGCAAAUAUCCAGAGCUGGCAUACAGGAAGGAGAAGCUGUCCUGCAAGUUUGUUAAUAACAAAGUUGGCAUCAAUGAGUCAACAGAGAAGAUCGCCCAGCUGCUAACACGGAUGUGCCUGCGUUCUCGGGCUACUGGUGUUGGCGACGAAAUAGAGGUUGAAAUCCCACCCACCCGCUCAGAUGUCAUCCAUGCCUGUGAUAUCAUGGAGGAUGCAGCCAUGGCUUUUGGCUUCAACAACAUCACCCGCACCACACCACAGACCUACACCAUAGCCAACCAGUUUCCGCUGAAUAAACUGACAGAGCUGUUAAGACAUGACCUCGCAGCUGCGGGUUUCACCGAAGCCCUCAACUUUGCUUUGUGUUCCCAAGAAGAUAUAGCCGACAAGCUUGGUAAGAAGAUCUCAGAGACCAGGGCAAUUCACAUCUCCAAUCCCAAGACUGCAGAGUUCCAGGUGGCGCGCACCACCCUGCUGCCUGGCCUGUUGAAAACAAUUGCAGCCAACAGGAAGAUGCCCCUGCCCCUCAAGCUUUUUGAGAUAUCUGACGUCGUGCUGAAGGAUGACACCAAGGAUGUUGGGGCGAGGAACAGUCGACAUAUUUGUGCCGUGUACUACAACAAGAGUCCAGGCUUCGAAGUGAUCCAUGGCCUGCUGGACCGCACCAUGCAACUGCUGGCGGUGAAACCCACCCGAGGAGAGGGCUACCAUAUCCAGGCUGCAGACGAUUCCACUUUUUUCCCCGGGCGCUGUGCGGAGAUCUUUGUCCAUGGAAAAAGCGUUGGACAUCUCGGGGUCCUCCACCCACAAGUCAUUAACAACUUUGAGCUGACGAUGCCUUGCGCCGCCCUUGAGAUGGACCUCGAGCCUUUCCUUGGCCACACGGCUGAAACUCACCUCACCCAAGAGGUUCCCCUCCAGGAAGUUAUCAGACACAAGUUCCCCACUGAAGUAAAAGCCCCACGAGCUUCCGCGUCCUCCAAAACUGUGUUUGGGGAUUUGAGCACACCCAAGGCUCUCAAAACCCUCAAUGAUUUCCUGUCGGACAAGAGCUACAUCGAAGGCUUUGUAGCAUCUCAAGCUGACGUGGCCGUCUUUGAGGCCAUCGCCUCUGCUCCCUUACCGACUUUCUGCCAUCUCCUGCGCUGGUACAACCACAUCAAAUCCUUCCACGGGGGAAAAGCCGACCUCCCUGCGGUCAACAAACAGUUUGUGCUGCCAGAUACUCCUCCCACAUCCACCAACAGCGACGAAGACCUAGACCUCUUCGGCUCAGACGACGAAGGCGACGGCGCAGAGGCAGCGAAAAUGAAAGAGCAGAGGCUCGCAGAGUAUGCGGCCAGGAAGUCCAAGAAACCAGCAGUUAUCGCCAAAUCCUCCAUCCUUCUUGACGUCAAACCCUGGGAUGAUGAGACGGACAUGGGCAAGAUGGAGGAGUGUGUCCGCAGUGUUGGCAUGGACGGGCUGUUGUGGGGACAGUCCAAGCUGGUCCCGGUGGGUUAUGGAAUCAAGAAGCUCCAAAUAGGAUGCGUGGUAGAAGAUGAUAAAGUGGGCACGGAUCAGCUGGAGGAAGCAAUUACCGCCUUCGAGGAAUAUGUUCAGUCUGUGGACGUGGCUGCCUUUAACAAGAUCUGAAUGAAAGGGUAGCACACGGCCGCUUGGCUACCCUUUGUUUUCACACAGAUACAAUGAGGAUCAACCAUGCAGAAGAACCAGCUUCUCAGGGUGUGGUCACACUCCGCUGGUUUUUGUUUCACUUCAAAUGGACACUUGCGUGGUUUGUUUUGUUAAGUGCAAACCCUCCUCUGAGUAAUCUCAGUCCGCUGGUGUGGUUCAGGUCUCUUCACCCUAUCAUGUUUUUCUUUAUAGAUAUUUUUUAAAAACAGGUUUUACCUCAUCAAUGUCAUCUCAGCCGGUAAAAAUAAUAGCAGCACAAAGUGAAUCAGGACCAAAUGUGUGAUGCAAAAUGCAUCCGAUCAUUUUCUGCGUUGUCCAGCACACCCAAAUUAAAAGUGUCGGCUUAUCCUUAGCUAUCCUCUCCUGACUGUUGGAUUCCCAUCUGAAAAGAAGUCAAUAAAGCUUUAAACUUUCAA